UGCGUGGCCUAUGUUGUCAGGAGUGACGUGUCCCGGUGACAGGCUGGCAGGAAGUGGCCGAGUUGUCUGUAGCCGGGGUCGGAGAUGCUGAAGAAGUUCGAUAAGAAGGACGAGGAGUCCGGUGGUGGCUCCAAUCCUUUCCAGCACCUUGAAAAGAGCGCGGUCCUCCAGGAGGCUCGUCUGUUUAACGAGACUCCAAUCAACCCCCGAAAAUGUGCUCAUAUCCUGACCAAGAUACUCUACCUGAUCAACCAGGGUGAGCACAUGGGUGCUACAGAAGCAACAGAAGCCUUCUUCGCUAUGACCAAGCUGUUCCAGUCCAAUGACCCCACACUGCGCAGGAUGUGCUACCUCACCAUAAAGGAGAUGGCCACCAUUUCUGAGGACGUUAUCAUUGUCACCAGCAGUUUAACCAAAGACAUGACGGGAAAAGAAGACAGUUACAGAGGUCCGGCCGUAAGAGCGCUGUGUAAGAUCACAGAUAGCACCAUGCUGCAGGCCAUCGAGCGCUACAUGAAACAGGCCAUUGUGGACAAGGUGCCCAGCGUAUCCAGCUCUGCCCUGGUCUCCUCUCUGCACCUGUUGAAGACCAGUUUUGAUGUCGUAAAGCGCUGGGUUAAUGAGGCCCAAGAAGCUGCAUCCAGUGAUAACAUCAUGGUGCAGUAUCACGCUCUUGGAUUGCUGUACCACGUACGUAAAAACGACCGCCUGUCUGUCAACAAGAUGCUGAGUAAGUUCAUGCGUCACGGGCUGAAGUCGCCUUUCGCUUACUGCAUGAUGAUCCGGGUGGCCAGCAAGCUGUUAGAAGAGGAGGAUGGAAACCGGGAAAGUCCUUUGUUUGAUUUCAUCGAGAGCUGCCUGAGAAACAAACAUGAAAUGGUCGUUUAUGAAGCUGCCUCCGCCAUCGUCAACCUUCCCUCCUGCACCGCUAAGGAGCUGGCACCCGCCGUGUCCGUAUUACAGCUCUUCUGCAGUUCCCCCAAAGCUGCCCUUCGCUAUGCCGCUGUCAGGACCCUUAACAAGGUGGCCAUGAAACAUCCAUCAGCUGUAACGGCCUGCAACCUGGACCUGGAAAAUCUGGUAACGGAUUCGAACCGCAGUAUCGCUACCUUGGCCAUUACCACGCUGCUGAAGACAGGAAGUGAGAGCAGUAUUGACCGGCUCAUGAAACAGAUCUCAUCCUUCAUGUCAGAAAUCUCAGACGAGUUCAAGGUGGUUGUUGUACAGGCGAUCAGCGCUCUGUGUCACAAGUAUCCUCGCAAACAUGCCGUCAUGAUGAACUUCUUGUUCACUAUGCUUCGUGAAGAGGGUGGGUUUGAAUACAAGCGGGCCAUAGUAGAUUGUAUCAUCAGCAUCAUUGAGGAGAAUCCAGAGAGCAAGGAGACAGGGCUGUCGCACCUCUGUGAGUUCAUAGAGGAUUGCGAGUUCACUGUCCUGGCCACCCGCAUCCUUCACCUGCUGGGACAGGAGGGACCAAGGACCGCCAACCCGUCUAAGUACAUCCGAUUUAUCUACAAUCGGGUCAUCCUGGAGAAUGAGGAGGUUCGAGCAGGCGCUGUCAGUGCUCUAGCCAAAUUCGGCGCCCAAAACGAAGAUGUGCUGCCCAGCAUCUUGGUACUAUUAAGAAGGUGUAUGAUGGAUGAUGACAAUGAAGUGAGGGACCGAGCAACAUUCUAUCUAAACAUCCUGGAACAAAAACAGAAAGCCCUCAACUCUUCCUAUAUCCUAAAUGGGUUAACAGUGUCCAUCCCUGGGCUGGAACGGGCAUUGCAGCAGUACACCCUGGAGCCUUCAGAGAAGCCAUUUGACCUCAAGUCUGUGCCACUGGCCACAGCACCAAUGUCAGAGCAGCGAACAGAAAAUGUGCCUACUGCAACGGUAAAACAGCCAGAGAAAGUGGUGUCAGCAAGACAAGAGAUAUUCCAAGAGCAACUUGCAGCUGUGCCGGAAUUUAAAAGCCUUGGACCGUUGUUUAAGUCUUCUGCAGAACCCGUCGCCCUCACGGAAUCUGAGACGGAAUAUGUGGUUCGCUGUACAAAACACACUUUCGCUAAUCACUUAGUUUUCCAGUUUGAUUGUACCAACACACUGAACGACCAGAUCCUGGACAACGUCACUGUACAGAUGGAGCCCACAGAGGGAUAUGAGGUCCUUUCUUACACCCCUGUAAAAUCGCUGUCCUACAACCAGCCGGGAACAUGUUACACUCUGACCUCUAUUCCCGAGGAUGAUCCCGCCGCAUAUUCCUGCACAUUCAGCUGCAUGCUGAAGUUCACAGUGAAGGAUUGUGACCCCAAUACAGGAGAGGCAGAAGACGAGGGCUAUGAUGAUGAGUAUGUGCUUGAAGAUGUUGAAGUGACAGUAGUGGACCACAUACAGAAAGUUCUGAAGCCCAACUUUGGUGCUGCUUGGGAGGAGGUGGGAGACGAUUUUGAAAAGGAGGAAACUUUUAACUUAUCCACCAUCAAAUCGCUAGACGAUGCAGUAGGAAACGUGAUAAAAUUCCUGGGAAUGCAGCCCUGCGAGAGGUCGGAUAAAGUACCUGAAAACAAAAAUGCGCACUCGCUGUACCUGGCAGGUGUGUUUCGAGGGGGCCAUGAUAUUUUGGUACGAGCAAAGCUGGUUCUGACAGAUACUGUAACGAUGCAAGUCACAGCCCGCAGCAAAGAGGAGUAUCCAGUAGAUGCCAUCAUGGCAUCUGUCGGUUAAUCGCAACAACAGCACUACAUAAUGAAAGGGAUUCUCCCGUCUUGUAUAUUUUCUCAUCAAACUGAGGGAGCCUGGAGAUUACGGGAACACUACGGCCUCAUAAGAUUUCCGAUUUAUUCCUCUUACUAAAUUGCUCCCAUCUGUUACUUUCUCUGAAGCAGUCUUUGGCAACCUCUGCCCCCCCCCCCCAUACAGUUCCCAUACAGCCCCCCAUACAGGUGUUGCACAGUCACCAGAAGUCCCAGCAUGCUCUGGCUGCCUGGCUUGGUCAGAGGCGAGUUAUUGGUUACAAAAGACUGCCGCAAAAGAAUGCGGUGUGCCGUUCACACCGCAGAUAGCCAAUCAAAAAAUUUGUGUCCGUUCCUAUAGAUGUGGGUGCGCGAUUUUGCCAUCUAGGGAGGUCUCUGAUAGAACUUCUUCAUUUUAUAUUCAGUUAAGUUUUAUAAAAAAAAAAAUCAUCAUUCUCUUCCCCUUGGUCCUGUCUAAAUUAUUAAAAAAAUUCUAAGCACCAAGUUUCUUGUAUAAUUCCUCCCCCCCCCCCC